GUGCAGCCGGGGUAACCUGCACAGGUAGCACCUAGGUCUUAGUCAGGUACCUACGCCUAUAGGUACCUAGGUAGGUAGGGGCCUACCUUAGAUUAGGUACCUAGCGUAACCUCCCUCUCCGCCGGCAACAUGGAGAUACCUUACCUAGGUACCUAAACAUAUCUAGUAGGAACCUUCUAUGGUAAGUAGGUACCUCCUACCAUUUCUAUAUAUUUCUAUAUUACCUUAGGUACUCCUCCUAAAGGUACGUACUAAUGUAUAGAUAUACAUGAUGAAUCCUUUCUUUCUCGCCGGCAACCUCCUCCUCAUCAUCAUCCUCCUCCUCUUCCUUGCUCCGAUGUGCUGUUUGCUCGUAUGUUUUCCCAUAUUUGGCCUUAUUCCAACGCUUCAAUUUGGUCAGCUUCCGGCCCGGCAUCUUCGCCUGCCCAGUUCAGCAAGUCUGGCGAGACGUCGUGUUGCACAGGAGACGUCUAGUAAAUUAGCUACCAAUGAAGAUUACUACAAGUUUUCUCGUAGCCAUCACUACGACGAUAUACGGUACUUUUGUUUUGCCUUUUAUUGCUUUGUGCUCUUCCCGUCAUGCUACGCCCGUCGUUAGCUUCCUCUUACGCGGAAACGCCUCUUUCCGCU